AUGGGUUCAGUCGUCGGCCCGGCCAUUGUUUUGACAUUGGCUGGUAGAGCAUAUGCCAAGGGCUCACUCUCUGUCUCGGGAUCAAUAGCUGCAGCAAUCGUUGGCUUGGUUACCGUUUCUCAUCCGUACUCGGCGAAUGCUUGGCUCCUCACGAUAUUCUACUUGACGGGUACUGCCUUGACCCGAUACAAGCAAUCCGUUAAGGAAACCACGGUUCUCGCGGAUGUUUCUCACACGUCAUUGUCUGAGAAGGGAAAGAAGGGCCCGGCUCGUACCUGGGUACAGGUCCUCGCAAACUCGAUGACUGCCGUGACUCUGGGAUUGAUCCAUCAGAUUUAUGUGUAUGAUCCUUCCCUCUGCUUCGGAGCUAGCACGCUUAGUUUGUGGAACGAUGUGUUGCUUGUGGGUGUUUUGGCUCAUUAUGCCUGCGCAACGGCUGAUACAUAUUCUUCCGAGUUGGGGAUUUUGUCAACUACGCCUCCAGUGUCGAUCCUCAACUUGCAGCCCGUGCCCCGGGGCUUCAACGGCGGUGUGUCGGCGUUAGGUCUGUUUGGCGCAUUAAUGGGUGGCCUUAUCAUGGGCGUACUGGCUAUGUUGACGUUCCCUGUCUGCGCCUCUACUAACAGAGCGGAAUUGGUCAUCGUCGGUGUUUUCUCGGGACUUGGAGGAAGUCUUCUUGACUCAUUGCUGGGAGCUACUCUACAGGCAACGGCUUUGGAUAAGGAAAGUAAGAAAGUCAUCGAAGCUCAUGGAGGCAAGCAUGCGAAGGUGGAUGGCAAGACUGCCACCACCAUCGGCGCGGCCUGGGGUAACUAUCUAGACAACAACCAGGUGAAUCUGGCGUCAAGUGUUCUGACCAGCCUAACGACUAUGGCGGUCUUUGCCGCAUAUCGUUCCACCUAG